CGCCAUAUAUAUUCGUUGCCGCCUCUCGCCCGCAUUCUAGCGGCGUCGUCAGUCUAAGACCGGUCUUUCGCUCUAAUACCUCGUUCGUGUCUAUAAAGUAAAACCCUCAUAAAGCAUCGAGGCCGGCGCGCGAGGAAUCCCUGGGUCUGUGCGGUUUUCGCGGUGAGCGAAAGUGGCCGGGGAUCUUUAAAGUUUUAUUCGCCGGGCAGAGAGAGAAGAGAGAGAGAGAGAGAGAGAGAGAGAGAGAGAGGAGGACGCCGGCAAUCGGUUUCAGUCAUUCCGCAUGCAGCCGGCCACCUGCGAAACGGCCGAUGCUCUCUGCGAAACUACGAGUCGGGAGAUAAUCGAAAAGAAAUCGCGCGACGAGAGACGCGCUCGGACAGCGGGGGAGUGGAAAAAGUUGGGAAGAAAAAAGAAAAGGAGCGAGCGAGAGAGAGAGAGAGAGAGAGAGAGAGAGAGAGAGCGUGCGGCAAUAGUGAAGUGAUCGCUAGCGAGAUGUUUAGGCGGUGCGUUGGACGGCGUCCAGCGAGUGGGGAUUGAAGUAAAAUUAAAACGCGGGUGAAGUGGCUUGCGCCGCGCGAGUGAGCUUGUUCGAUUCGCCGGUUCCUGCAUGCCGCCACUUUGUCGCACUUGGUCAACUUUGUGCGUUUCCGGAUUAUUCAGCGUGCGAGCCGCGCGGAGCCGUUUCUUGAAGAUCGCGCCGUACGUUCUCGGCGGACGAGCUCUCCGGGUCGGGUGAGCGGAAGUAACGGCGGAGGAAGAUAAAAAUAAUACCGCCGCGAAGGAUUAAGAGCUCUCUCAUUGGCCAUUCGAGAUUGCGGCGCUGCCCAAUUUGCGAAGGAGGACUCGCGCGGCAGGCGAAAUUUUUAAAUUCUGUUCCCGCCGCUCCCCUGAUAGAGGAUCCCCGAGUGGCUAUUUCUCACGGGCGAAUAGAGUCGUUUAAUUCCGUGGACUCGAAACGAGAGAGAGCGAGAGAGCGCGAGAGAAUGAGAGAGGGGGAAGGAAAGAGAGAGAUAGAGAACGAGAAGCCGCCAGACCACCACGGCAGCUUUUUAUGAUUCAGUGCGGCGGUACGUCUCUUUCGCGCACCCUUUCUCUCUCUCUCUCUCUCUCUCUCUCUCUCUCUCUCUCUCUCUCUCUCUCAGCCGCUCACUUUGCAAUUGGCGACAACUCGCCGAGUCGCUGCGGCGCGAAACCUAAGCGGCCGAUUAACGAAAUUCUCCCUCGCCGUGACAAAAUAUUUGUACGCGGCUUCUUGGUAUUCCGGACGGCGGCGACGCGUUCAUGGCCGUUUCUUCUUAAUUCUGCACCGGAGUUCGCGAAACGAGGUCACGCGUUCGACGAGGACGACGCGGAAGAGUGCGGAAUGCCGGGCGGGACGUCCGGCUGCUGCUGCAAAAUUCAAAAGGAUCGGUCGCGCUCGCGCACGAAUCGAAGUCAGCUGUUACAUCGGAGGACACGGCGCAUGCGCUGAUCACCAACCGGCAACGAGAAACGCGAACGCGAAUGCGUAAAGCGCGUGGCCGAAGCUCACUCGCAGGACUCGCGGGCCUCGGCCUCGGAGGAGCCGCAGAACUCCUUUCGCAGCUCGCACGGUUUCAUAGAAUCGCAAGCACUCUCGCAGAGUGAAAGCCCGAAUGCCGAUGAAUUGAAGAGAGAGAGAGAGAGAGUACCUCGUAUGCUGCGACGCGCGAGAACGAAAAUAAGCUUCUGCCGAGGAAGUCUCUCUCGUUUUUCGACGCGAACAUGCGGUACUCUCCGGUUCAUUGACGCUUGCGCUUUCGCUUCGCAAAGAGCGCUUGCAAUUCUGCAGCAGCGAGCGGAAAAACAUUGCAAACUGCGAAAGCUGCGUUACUACACCGGUGUUGAGCGGUUUCUAGCGGUGAAAAAGACGGCGCCCCGACCUUUGCGAGCGAAGGAAGGACGAAGGGACUCUCUCUCUCUCUCUCUCUCUCUUCUUUCCCACGGCGACGAGGAUGAUGCAGGAUCGCGAGGACUUUUACGGCACGCUCUGCUCGUCGGAGACCCUGCGCUCCGGCAAGAAGGGCUUCUUCCACGAUUUUAGCGAUUUUGUCGCGCAAACCGCCGGCGACACGUGGACCUCGCGAAUAUUCGGCAGGAUCGACGACGACGAGGGCCGCAUGCGGGCGGUGUUCACCGACGCGAAGAUACGGAACGUCGUGGCCGACACGCUGGCGAAGGUGCAGCUCCUCUUCCGGGACAAGGACGCGGAGAUUUCCAGGCGCAGACGACUCGAGGGCUACCAGCUCGCCGCGGUCGGCCAAUACGACAAGGCUCUUUUGCUGUUCAGUCAGGCCGUCUUGCGUGCGCCCCAGCCGGAUAGAAGCACGACGGUUGAUCAAGGUCUGACGUUGCCGCUGGCGCUGCUGGGGCGAGCCGAGAUCUUUAUGGCACUCAAGGAAUACCAUUUCGCGCUGGAGGAUCUGCGGCUGGCCGCGGAGCACGAGCUGCCGGAUAAGCCGACGCGGGAGCUGCAACGAAAAACGGAGGAGUGCGAGGCUUUCCUCAGAGUCAACGAGAGCUCUUUGGCGCCCUUCGAUCCCGCCGGCAACGACGUCAACAGGCUGGCUCGGUUAAUCCCGGACGGUCAAGGAGGCGGCGCGCCGUUAAAUGGCGCUGUUACUUCCGGUCUACGCUGGUCGUCCGACUGCCUGGAAAUCCGUGAGACCGCGGCAGCGGGUAAACACGCCGUCGCGACCAGGGAAAUACAUCCGGGCGAUAUUCUGGUAGUCGAGCCACCGCUGGCGGGUUGUCUCCUACCGGAAUUCUAUGGCACCCAUUGUCAGCAUUGUUACUCGAGACUAAGAGCGCCGCUCGGAUGCCCGAACUGCAGCAGCGUCGCCUUCUGCGGCAGAAAGUGCAGGGACGUCGCGAUGGCGACGUAUCACAAGUACGAGUGCAAAAUCUUGGCCCUGUUGAUAGGCUCCGGCAUGAGCGUACUCAGCAUGCUCGCCUUGCGGAUGGUGACGCAGGAGGGUGUGCGUAAGUGUUUGAGGAUCUGCGAGGAGUUGCGGAAGAGUGGCGGGCGCGCUUGCGAAAAGGCCGCGGCGCCUUCGGCGACGCUCGCGGUUACGACGCGGCCGGAUAUGCGCGACGACGACGACGACGCCAAGUCGGCGAGCAAGUCGGCCAAAAGGAGGAUCAGACGGCGGAAGCUCAGGGAGUCCAGACGAGGUGACGGGAUUACCGCGACGACGAAGUCGGCGAAAGUGACGGAAGAGCCAGAAGGGAAGGAGCAGGAGGAGGAGAAGGACGACGAGGGGCAGGUGGGCACAAUGAAAUCCCGCGAGGACGGCGACGACGAGGGCGUCGACGUGCGAGCGUACGAUCUGGUGACGCACCGCGACAGACGGACGGCCAAGGACUUCCUCGAGAGAUCGCUGAUGGCGGCCUUUCUGCUGAAAUGCCUGCAGAGGGUCGGCUUCUUCGAUCGUCCCGCCGCGGACGACGGAAGAGUCCCAGACGCCGAGGAGAUCAGCGUGGCUGGCCUGCUGCUGAGGAACCUGCAGCUGCUCCAAUUUAACGCCCACGAGUUCUUCGAGACGCGGCUAAGCGCGCAGCAUCGAUUCCGCGGCAGCCGACCGGUCUAUCUCGGCGUGGCAAUUUAUCCCACGGUCGCCCGUUUCAAUCACGACUGCUAUCCCGCGGUGACGAGAUACUUCGUCGGCCGGCACAUCGUAAUAAGGGCGACCCGCGGUCUGCGGCCCGGCGACGUUAUUGCCGAAAAUUACGGGCCGAUAUUCACGAAGAGGAGCCUCGCCGAGCGUCAAAGGACACUGGCGGCAAGAUAUUGGUUUCGGUGCACAUGCAAAGCCUGCCAAGAGGACUGGCCGCGCUUUGAGAAUCUGACGAACGACUCCGCGAGCUUGAGAUGUCCCACGGCGGGCUGCGGCAGAUUGCACUCGCGAGCCUCGCAGCAGCAGCAGCAGCAGCAACAGCAGCGGCCGUGUAAGCCGAUAAAAUGUCCGGGCUGUCAAAAGAAAAUCUGCUUGGAGGAUCGGCUUGCGUGCCUGCGGGAGUGUGAGGCGCUCUAUACCCGCGGCUUGGCGAGCAUGGAGGAGGAGCAGGUCAGCGAGGCGAUCGAGACCCUGCGUGAGGCCCUCGGCAGGUUCCACCGGGUCGCCGGUGCGCCGCACCGGGACACGCACCUGGCCGAAAUUGCUUUAAGCUCCUGUCUGGCCGACUCCGGGAAUACUUGGCGGCCGACGGCGCUUUGAGCGGACCUCCGCGGCGGGAGGCGAGGAUCCUCGGCAGGAACGGAGCGGCGGAAGCAGCACGAAGAGGAAGGAAGCAGGGCGCCGCGCCACGCCGGCGGCUUCCUCCUUCCGGCCACAGUAAGCGCACACAGCUGUGUGUGUGAUAUCGCGGCGAAUAAAAGCCGAGCGGCGGCGUUUGAUCGUCCCCCGUCGAACGGCAAUUUUACGAGCGGCCGCGGCGAGGGGAAGGGGGCGGCCCGGCGGAAUUUCGGCUUUCCGGGCUUCCGGGCUUUUGAGCUUUUGGACGCGCGCGCGCGCGCGCGGCACGUUAUUAUUUAUUAAUGUAUACACGGGGAAAAUAGCGUCCUUUGAUGCGCAUUAUUUAAGACGGAUAGACGGUUGCAAUUAUAUGUGAAAUAAAGCGGAAGAAAGUGAAAAAAAGAAGAGGAAAAAUGUGUCUUUUCAGCCACUGUGCGACAUUGCCGAAACGCGCGCUGACGCGAUGAAGCUCCUCGUUGACGGAGGACAAUGGCACGCGAAGAGGCACGGCUGUGAAAUGUCGCGCGCGAUUUCGUGCGCGAAAUUUCAUUGCAAAACGGCGCGGAUACGGUGAGAUAAGCUGCUCAUCGAAGCAUCGCGAUUGAGGAUUAUUUAUUCACGGGCUUGCGCAGUAAUCGGUUAUGGGGGCGAGCGCGGGGGGGUGGAAGCGACAGUGUAUGAGAUAUCGACGUCAUGAGGGCGACGGCGCAUUCCGGGAGAGCGUAAAUAUUUUUGUUGCGCUCUUAUCUGUCACGCAAAAAAAUAACAGUAA